AUGAGAGCUGCAAGAUACUACGGCAGAGAGGAUAUCCGCAUCGAAGAGAUACCUGAACCUCCUUGCGGCCCAAAUCAGGUCAAGAUCGCCCCAGCGUUCGUCGGAAUCUGCGGAACCGACCUCCACGAAUACCUCGGCGGCCCCAACUUCUGCCCCGCAUCCAGACACCCCGUUACGGGCGACAGCAUCCCCGUGACCCUCGGCCACGAGUUCUCGGGCGUCAUCAAGGAGAUCGGCUCCGAAGUCAGGGCGGCCCAUCUGAGAGUCGGCCUCCCCUGCGCCGUGCAGCCUACAGUCUACUGCGGAAAGUGCGCGGCCUGCGCCGCCGGCGCCGAGAACGCGUGCCACACCGGCGGCUUCAUCGGGCUCAGCGGCGGCGGCGGCGGCCUGAGCGAGGCGGUGUCCGUCCCCGCCGACCAGGUGUUUCCCCUGCCCGAGGGCGUGCCUCUCGAGCUGGGCGCGCUGGUGGAGCCGCUCUCUGUCGCCUGGCAUGCCGUCGCCGCCGCGCCCGUCACGCCCGAGUCGACGGUUCUGGUCAUGGGCGGCGGUCCGAUCGGGCUGGCCGCUGUGCUGUGCCUGAUCGCCAAGGGGGUGAAGAAGAUCAUCGUCGCGGAGAUUGCAACUGCUCGUCGGCGGUUUGCAAAGGAUUUUGGGGCGACGCACAUUAUCAACCCCAAGGAGCAGGACGUCAUGAAAGAGACGAUGAGCAUCACGGGCGGUAUCGGAGCGGAUGUCGUACUCGACUGCGCAGGCGUUCCCGCGAGUGUGAAAGCUGCAUGCGAGGCUGUCAAAACCCGCGGGACGGUCGUCAAUGUCGCCAUCUGGGAGAAGGAGAUCCCGUUCAACCCCAACUGGGUGACUUGGAGAGAAAGCUCGUACAAGUCGGUUCUCGGAUAUCAAAAAGCUGACUACGAGGCAGUCAUUGAGAACCUGAGAACAGGGGCUCUGAAGCCCGCAUCGAUGAUUACCCGCAAGAUCCCGCUUGAUGACUUGAUUGAGCACGGCAUCAAAGCGCUCAUUACGGACAAGGACAACCAGGUCAAAAUCCUAGUUGACGUGAAUGCCUCCGUUUCUGAAAAGGCUUUUUUGUGA